AUGAGGCAAGGUGGAGCCAAUUCAGCCGCGGCUCAUAAAUGCGAGGAUAAAAUUCCAAAGCUCAAUUGGUUGAAUCAUGCCAAUGCUCAUGAUAAUUUCUCAUGCCAAGCCAAAUUCUUGAGCUCCAAUUUUCUGUUCUCUCUUCCAACACAGAAACCUUCCUAUGAAGAACCAAUCGCUGGGAGGUCUGUAGUCCGACAAAAUCAAAAUAUUCAAAGUUCACAAAGAGUGCAAGUUGAGAAGGCUUGGGUUGCUCUUUCAAGUCUACAGAGUUCUAGCAGGAAUUAUGUCCAACCUGGAAAAACUGUUAAAGUUACUCCUCAGCUUCAUGAAGAUAAGAGAAUAACUUCCUUCCAAGGAAGCAAUGAGAACAGCAACCUUAGGUGUCCUAAUGUCACCACAACUCCAACUGUCAUUAAUCAUAGUUCUCGGGUUUUGGAUAGUUCAGUGAACAAUCAUGUCCAGUUUACAUGCCAAAUCAAUGAGUCUACGAAAUGCAUGACAGAUAAUAUUAAUGAUGAUGAUGAUGACAUACUUGAGAAUAUUGAUGUUGACCAAAUUGUGGAGAAAUAUCAGUCAACUUGCACUCCCCAACCAUCCGGGUCCAAGCUUCCUCCUAUUACACCAACUGCUGAUAAAGAUAAUUUUGCUAGACAGGGAGAUAAUUUUUUGCCACCAGAGCUCUGCUUAGAUUGCAUCCAUGGUUACAAGUUAGGGCUUUGCCCUGAAGCAGCAAAUCAUUUGCAGGAAUUGAAGGAUAGUCUAAUUGCUAUCUCUAAUGAACUGCUUGACAAUGUUGACAACCUCAGCUCUACACAGAUAGCAAAGCUUCGCAAAGAUAGGUCACAGUUGAAUAAGCAAAUUCAGCAGCUUGAAAAGUAUAUUCAUUCCAGUAAUCUUGAUGAUGAAAGACAAAAGUCACAUUUUUCUGCUUCCACAGCACAACCAACAUCUUUUGUGUAUGAAACACCUCCGCAAACUAUGCUCAGUAGUGGACCAAAGAGAUAUGAUGCCCAGGCUUGUAUGGGUAAUGGGACAUGUGGGUCAUCAUUGCAGUCUUUUUCCUUAUUUUCUGUAGAUCAGUAUGGCAUGUCAUCAGGUCCGGUGGAGAGGGAAGCAUUCAUCCCGAAGAUUAUUGAAGUUAAUUACAUUGAAGGUUCUGGAGACAAACGCUGGAGCAGCCAGGAUUUUCCUUGGACAAAAAUGUUAGAGGUUAAUAAUAAAAAAGUUUUUGGAAAUCAUUCUUUUCGCCCUAAUCAAAGAGAGGUCAUUAAUGCCACAAUGAGUGGAUGUGAUGUUUUUGUUUUGAUGCCCACCGGUGGAGGAAAGAGUCUGACCUAUCAGCUACCAGCUCUUAUUUGUCCUGGGAUAACAUUAGUAAUUUCUCCCCUUGUGUCCCUCAUUCAAGAUCAAAUAAUGCACCUAAUGCAGGCAAAUAUACCUGCUGCUUACUUAAGUGCCAAUAUGGAAUGGGCUGAACAGCAAGAGAUCCUUAGAGAACUUAAUUCUGAUUAUUCUAAAUACAAGUUGUUAUAUGUGACACCCGAAAAGGUUGCCAGAAGUGAUAUUCUUUUGCGACACUUGGAGAGUUUACAUGUUCGUGAGUUGCUUGCAAGGAUUGUAAUUGAUGAGGCUCACUGUGUGAGCCAAUGGGGGCAUGAUUUUAGACCAGAUUAUCAGGGACUUGGUAUAUUGAAACAGAAAUUCCCAAAUACUCCUGUUUUAGCUUUAACUGCUACAGCAACUGCUAGUGUAAAAGAAGAUGUUGUGCAAGCACUUGGUCUUGUUAACUGCAUUGUUUUCCGGCAAAGCUUUAAUCGCCCAAACUUAUGGUAUUCUGUUGUCCACAAGACCAAAAAGUGUGUGGAGGACAUUGACAAAUUCAUUAGGGAAAAUCAUUUUGAUGAAUGUGGCAUUGUCUAUUGUCUUUCACGAAUGGAUUGUGAAAAGGUUGCUGAAAAAUUACAGGAAUGUGGGCAUAAAUGUGCAUUUUAUCAUGGUAGCAUGGAUCCUGCUCAACGUGCCUUUGUUCAAAAGCAGUGGAGCAAAGAUGAAAUCAAUAUAAUUUGUGCUACUGUUGCAUUUGGAAUGGGUAUUAACAAACCUGAUGUCCGCUUUGUAAUCCAUCAUUCCCUCCCAAAAUCUAUUGAAGGAUAUCAUCAGGAAUGUGGACGAGCUGGUAGAGAUGGUCAACGUUCAUCCUGUGUGUUAUAUUAUAGCUAUAGUGAUUAUAUACGAGUUAAGCAUAUGCUAAGUCAAGGAGCAAUAGAGCAGAGUCCCAUGGCAUCUGGAUACAAUCGUUUAAAUAUGUCAAAUUCAGGAAGGAUACUGGAAACAAAUACUGAAAACCUGUUGAAAAUGGUCAGUUACUGUGAAAAUGAUGUUGACUGCCGGCGCCUUAUGCAGCUUGCUCAUUUUGGGGAGAAGUUCAAUUCUUCAACAUGUCAGAAAACAUGUGAUAAUUGCUUGAAGGUCACAACUUUCAUCGAGAAGGAUGUCACAGAGAUAGCAAAGCAAUUGGUUGAACUAGUUAAGCUAACAGGGCAGAAGGUCUCAUCAUCUCAUAUAUUAGAAGUGUAUCGUGGUUCCUUGAGCCAGUUGGUCAAGAAACACCGGCAUGAGACUGUGAGUCUUCACGGUGCUGGGAAGCACCUAUCUAAGGGUGAGGCUUCCCGAGUAUUGCAUCAUCUUGUUGUUGAUGAUUUUCUUAUGGAGGAGGUAAAGAAAAGUGAUUUUUAUGGAUCAGUAUCAUCAGUGUUGAAGGUGAAUGAGCCCAAGCUCCGUAAUCUGUUGUUUGGUGGGCAGAGAAUUAUAUUGAGAUUCCCAUCCUCUACAAAGACAUCAAAACCUGGGAAAUCUGAUGUAACUCCAGCUAAAGGUUCUCUGACAUCUGGGAAGCUGAAUUUUCCACUAAUUGACAUUCCUGCCCAGCCUCAAACUGACGUGGACUUGAAUCUUUCAGCUAAGUUGUACACUGCUUUGCGGAUGUUGCGGACAGCUCUUGUUAAAGAAGCUGGAGAGGGUGUCAUGGCUUACCACAUAUUUGGUAAUGCCACGUUGCAGCAGAUAAGCAAGAGAGUACCGAGAACAAAAGAAGAACUCCUGGAUAUCAAUGGCAUUAGCAAGACUAAGGUAAGCAAGUAUGGGGACCGGUUACUGGAAACCAUUGAAAAUACGAUCAAUGAAUAUUACAAGUUGGAUAAAAACAGCAGUGGCAGCGGCAGCGGCAGCAAAGGCAGCGCUGAUUCCAACAAAAGGAGACGAGAGGCAUAUGGAGACCCAGAUGCAAAUGCCGAGGAUGAAGAUGCCUUCACCAAAAGUACUGGUCGUUCAAAGAAAAGGACAGUAAAGAGACAAAAUAAAAAAGCUGAGAUGUGUGAUUCUGCAGACGAAGAUUAUUACCAUGGAUGCCUUGAUGAGGACCUCGAUUUUGACAACAUAGAAAACGAUGCACUAGAUAAAUUAACUUGUAGAAAUGCUGCAGGAAGAGUACUACCUCAAUGGACAGCGUCUUGAAAUGGUAUAUGUUGACGAUCAUUUUUUUAUUAUGCUCCUGCGGAAAAUAUAGGCUUUCGAUGGAUCACCUCGCAGUAAUUUAUGCUUGUUGGAA